UUAGUAACUGUACAAAACCAAACAAGUUGUUACCUACUUGUUAGGCGGGAAACUUGUGGAAUUGAAACUACCACAUUCUACCAGUGUUUAUAUACUGUUUUUACCGCAAAAUGUCUUCACCAAUCUAUAUUUCUGAUGAUGACGACAGUUUUGAUUACCAGUCGCCGCCGGAAAAGUCUACUAGUACUGACGCAAUUUCUAUUACCGAUGACGAAGAUGUAGAUAAGCCGAAACCUGCGGAUAUGAAAGACAAACGGCAGGCAUUGAUCAAAAACUUGUUUCCUAAUACAAAAACAAAUGGUGGGAGCAGCAGUAAGUGGGAAGUGGUAGAACUUGUAGCUCCUGUGCAGAAACAACCAGAUUUUGUGAAGGUGAUAGGCGGUGUCAGUGUGCACCUGCCUGUGAACCCUUACCCUUGUCAGAUUGCUGUGAUGUUUAAAGUAAUAACAGCGAUAGAGAAAAAGAAGAACUGUCUACUUGAGAGUCCAACUGGCACUGGAAAGACACUGGCACUCCUCUGUUCUGCACUUGGCUGGCAGAAGAAGGAACAUGAUCGCAUGCGUCAACAGGAAGCCUCCAUGUCCUUCGCCCAGCAUCCUGAGCUGAACCAACUGGAUGGAGCUUUGGAAUACAUUGCGAGUCCGCAGAAGAGCGCUAUUGAAUCACCAGAGGCGUUCUUCUCAAAGAAAAUCCACGGUGAAAGGAGCAUAUACGAUUCACCACAAAAACAGAAUGUCGUAAACAAGCGGCAAGAGCCUCAUAAUGAUUCCUUCGACAGUAUACCAGACGAAGGCUUGGUAAAAUUGCAGAAGAAAAUGCGUUACAAUUCCGAUUCGUCUCUAAGUGCCGCCUGCACCACCACCGCCUGCAGCUGUUGCAGCCCUGAACUGCCAUCUACACCAGAAAAAUUCAUACCUGUACCUGAAAAAGAAACUCCUACAAAAAUAAGAGAGCUUUACGCGCUGGUCGAGAAUCUCCGCUUCAGGACGUCCAUGUUUGUUGGUUGCAGCCUUCCCAUCAUCUACUACGGAGCGCGCACGCACAAGCAAAUCCAACAGGUCGUGAAAGAGUUGGGCAGGACGACGUACUGCGGCGACGCGAGGAUGUCGCUCCUGUCGGCGCGGGAUCACAGCUGCAUACGGGAGUAUGAUAGGAGCCAGUGGCCUUCUAAGAAUGAUAUGUGCUCCUCGUGUAUUAAGCCACUGUCGUCUAAAGAAAAACAGAAAAUCCAGACCCCCCAAGAGACCAACUGCAAGUAUUACGAUAACCGCAAAGCUUUGAACUGGAAGGCUCUGCCGCCCGCCUUUGAUCUCAAGGAUCUAGUGACACAGGGCGAAAUAAUGACCGCUUGUCCAUACUACGCCGCCAGAGAGAUGGCCAAGAAUGCCGACAUUGUGUUUUGCCCUUACAACUACUUGAUUGAACCCGGUAUUAGGAAAAGUAUGCAAAUCGAUCUAACAGACAACAUUGUGAUCAUCGAUGAGGGCCACAACAUUGAAGACAUCUGUCGGGAUGCCGCCACUUGCAACUUUACUAGGGACCAAGUGAAAAACGCUUUGAAGGAACUCAACACCGUAGCUCAGUUCCGGUACGCCAAUCAAGCUAUGAUGACACACGUCGAAGAGCUUCAGGUCGCUUUGGGAAACUGGGACCAAUGGUUCGGGAACCAAACUCCGUUAAUAAACAAUCAGCCGGUGAAUGGAACGGAAGCGGCGUUCAGCUGGCAAGUGGAGAACUUCGUGCAGACUCUAAACAACCACAACAUCGGCCAGAACCAAUACAGUGCAUUCCAUGAAAACGUGGAGGUAUUCUGUAGGAAGUUCCGCGAAGACAGCCGCACCUUGAUAGGAAUCACGCAAUCCACUUGCAGUCUCUUAGAAUCCCUCGACACUGUGCUUGGUUUUCUGUUCCGCAAUUCGGGCAAACACAUGGACGACUUCAAGCCAGUGCUGGUGCGCAAACUCCACUCCGAGGUCAACGACGCCAAUGCGUGGAGGGCUUCGCAGUUUAAUAAGCAAGCUGAGUACGGCCCGUUGACUCUUCGGCUCAUUUGUAUGAACCCGGCGGUGGUGUUCGAAGGCCUGCAUUCCGCGAGGUGCAUCAUCCUCGCUUCCGGCACACUCACUCCGCAGAUAAGCAUGCAGUCCGAACUCUCCACUGAAUUCCCUCUGAAGGUCAGCCCGAAACACAUCAUACCCAGCGACAGGGUUUGGAUAGGUUCCCUCUCAAGUUGCCCUGACGGUACUCCACUAGAGUGCACCAGCCAAGGCACCAAACAGACGGUCGUGCAAGACGCGCUGGGCGAGGCCGUGUAUGAAGUGUGUCGCGUCACGCCACACGGCGUGCUCUGCUUCUUCCCUUCCUACCAACGCAUGAACGGGCUUGUGAGGCGAUGGCGACAAACCGGUUUGUGGAGAAGACUGAAAGAACUAAAGAAUAUCUUCAUGGAGAGCAGCGAUGCUAAAGACCACGACAACAAUAUGGAGGAAUAUUACGACUGCGUGGGCUCGGACAUGGGCGCGCUGCUGUUCGCCGUGUACCGCGGGAAGGUGGCCGAGGGGAUGGACUUCAAGGACCGGCAGGCCAGGGCUGUUAUCACUAUCGGAGUGCCGUACCCCAACAAAUACGACAUAGCGGUGAGCGAGAAGAUGAAGUACAAUGACAAGUAUCUCAAAGAGAAAAACCUGCUGUCGGGCACAGAUUGGUACUUAGUGCAGGCAUAUAGAGCGCUAAACCAGGCCGUGGGUCGCUGCGUGCGGCACAGCGGCGACUGGGGCGCGGUGCUGCUACUGGAUGCACGCUUUCGCGAGCACUACUUCACGCAACACCUGUCCGCCUGGGUCAAAGAAUAUUUGGGAUGUAAUCACCACACCUUCAACAGUCUAGUCAAUGGCACAAAUAGCUUGAAAUCAUUUAUGGAGGAAAUGACGCGGAGGGAAAAUAAAUGAUUUCGUUUUAUGAGAAACACAUUAAUAGAAUAAGUUUUAUUUUUAAAAUAUUUUUUGUUUUGACUAUCAUGAUCCAAAUCUAUUGUCUAUGGUGCCAAUUCAAGGUGACCCCAAAAAUAAUGGGAUAAAGAAACUUUAUCUAUAUACUUGUUCCUUAAAUCAUGUGUUUUAUUUUAAUUGACAAGUUGAGUAAAAGGUAGGUAGGUAGGUUGAGAUGUAUCUGUGAUGAGAAUCAAUCGCAUAUAUCAUUUUUCAAAUUUUGUGGCGUGUACAGUAUCAGUUUUCACUUAAGGUCAACACACAAGGGCUGUUAAAUACCGACGGGUCUAAGAUUCAGAUGUAUAGAGCGUACUUUGACCUUGCUCAGACUUAAGACAUGGUUAAAACGAGACAACGAUAAAUCGCUGACAUAAAUCCGUCUCAUUUUGACUGAAACUUAAUUCAGAACAAAGGCAAAGUACGUUACAAUUUAACUGUGAUGUAAAAUGACUUGUUUGUAUGUUACAUUUUUGUAAAAAUUAUGAAAUUAGAAUUAUUCAUUGUA